AGCCUGAUACUGGGAUGGACAAGCAGGUUUGGUAAGGGAGAACAAUUGCACAACCUUGGAGAGGAGGGCUGUCUUCAAAGAGGGAGGCAAGAAUAUAAGAAGGGACGACAUCCUAGGGGUCUUCACACCAUCUUGAACCACUCCUCUUCUCCUCUCCAUCGCUGAUUCAGGUCAACCACCAAGUCAAGAUGUCUCCGACUCAAAUGGAAAGUUGCAUGGAGACCGUUGUCAAUAUUUUCCACCAAUAUUCCGUGCGCCAAGAUCAUUUUGACAAGCUCAGCAAGAAAGAGAUGUCCCAGCUGGUUCACAAGCAGUUCCCCAACUGGUUGAAGGAGCAAAAGAACCCCAAGGCCAUUGAAGAAUUGUUCAAACAGCUGGACCAGGACCAGGACAAUCAACUGUCCUUUGGAGAAUUCAUGGUCUUCAUCUGCAAGUUGACCAUUGCCACUCAUGAGCACAUUCACCAGGAAGGGGAUGAUGGGCACGCCCACCACCAGCACUAAGUCCUUUGUGGAAGAUUGAGAGGACUGGAAAAGCAAUCCCAGCUUCUCCAAUGGGCCUGGGAAAGGGGUUCGAACCAGCAGGUCACAAUAAAGUUAAUU